UUUCUUCCCUCUUUCCACACCGGCCGUGCACAUCACUACUAAAGUACAAACUCUUACUACACUUGACACCUCUAAACAACACAAAAACCUCAAAAACCCUAAUCAGGGAUAUACUCAGCUUUAUAUAGUAAAAUUUUCUAUUACUUCAUUUCAAUCCCAUUGACUGUGAAUUAUAAAUCUCAUCUCACGUAUCUUUGAUACUUAGACCCAUACAUAGACACCCAUAUAGAGAAUAGAUUGAUUGAUUGGUACAGUAGAUAUAAAAUGUCUAAUUCUGGAGGCUUUGCUGUGUCCCGGAGCCAUGGCGGAGACCGAUUCUACAGCCCGCCGGCGAUCCGUCGGCAGCACGAGCAGAUGCUGUUGCAGCAGCAGCAGCAACAGCAGUUCCAGAGACUUCAGCAGCAGCAGCAGCAGCAGUUGCAGAGAACUGUGAAGGUGGAGGCAGCUGCUGCAUCGGCUGAGGUGGGGAAUCGGAUUGACUUGGACGAGUCGGGGACGGCAUUGUCUAAACAGUCAGUUCUUUGCUCUUCUUCUCCCACAGGGCCGCCAACAAACGCCACCAACUUGGAUCGCUUGCUGGAAUCGGUUACUCCCUUUGUGUCAGCUCAGCACAAUUCUGAGCUUAAUGUAAGAGGGCGGAGAACUCGUGAGGCAGAUGCAAAUGCAUAUUUUUGCCUUGAGGAUCUUUGGGAAUCCUUUAGCGAGUGGAGUGCAUAUGGAGUGGGUGUGCCACUGUUGUUGGAAGGAAAAGACCGAAUUAUACAAUAUUAUGUCCCUUUUUUAUCUGGGAUACAAUUGUAUAUAGAUCCAUCAAAGUCCUCUUCUUGCUUUAGGAGAUCUGGUGAGGAGAAUGAUGAGGAGCCAAGGGAGAUUAGUGGAGGCAACAGUAACUGUGAAGCAGAUAGGCAAUGCAAAUCUGCUGCUGAUGGGAAACUAAACAGAAUCUCAUCCAGAGACAAACCUGGUAUGUGCUUGUCUGGUGAUGAAGGUGAAAAUGGCAAAUCCAAUGGGCAACUCUUAUUUGAGUAUUUGGAACAAGAACAACCACAUCAUCGUAGACCAUUAGCUGACAAGAUAGCAAUUCUAGCAUCUCAAUUUCCAGAGUUGAAGAAGUGCAGGAGCUGUGAUUUAAUGCCAUCAAGUUGGAUUUCUGUAGCUUGGUAUCCAAUAUAUAGAAUACCCAUAGGCCACACGCUUCGGGAUCUGGAUGCAUCUUUUUUAACUUUUCAUCCACUGUCCACACAACCUAUAGGUACUGUUACACCACAACAUUAUGGUGCAAGAGAUGGGAAAGUAUGCAGCAUGGUUGAUGCUGCUUCAAAAAUUUCUCUACCAGCUUUUGGCCUUGCUUCAUACAAACUUAAGGGCUCACUUCUGAGUCCAUGUGGACAGCAUGAAUCUGAGCAAGAAAACACUCUUUUGCAAGUUGCCGAUAGUUGGCUUGGGAUGUUGCAGGUUAUUCUUCCUGAUUACCAGUUUUUUCUCUCACAUUAUUCUCAAAGGAGAUGACAUCCCAGGAAGUUGAUUGUCUGCGGACAUUUGAACUCCUUAAGAUGAAAUAUUGAAGUUCCAAGUUUGGUGGCAGUCUUGAGAUCAGCAAUAGCCCAGAAAACUUCCCAGAACUUGGGAAAAAAUAGAAGUAAUGCUGUGUCCUUUAAUCCUUGUUUUUAAAUGCCAGAGAAACUUUCAGCAGGUCUUGAUAACUCGCCAAGGAUGAUAAUGUUUGAUUGGUGAUUAACAGUUUGAUAUACCACACUUUGCACUUCAUUGCCUCGUUUUGAGGUAUGGGAGAUGAAAUUUUAGAGGUAUUGGCUUGAAAUCAGUUGAUGCCUUGGCUAUAUUGAUGUCUAAAGCACAUGUUAGAAUGGCUGACAUAUUUUAGCCAGUAACAUUAGUUCUUGGGGAACUACCAUGAUGAUAGUGACGAAAAUUUUGAAACACUGUACUCCUAUACUGCAUAUACAGACUUAUACUUGUGAUAGGGUGUUGUAACAAGUGCUUCUGACUAUAAAAUGCUUAGAUAAAUGCCAUAUUAUUGAAAUUUUCAUUUUUA